CCUCGGGGGGGCGGCCGUGGGGCUGCUCUUCGCCUUCCUGCUGGCGCUGAUCACCAGGUUCACCAAGCGCGUGCGCAUCAUCGAGCCGCUCUUCGUCUUCCUGCUGGCGUACAUGGCGUACCUCGCCGCUGAGAUGGUCUCGCUCUCCUCCAUCCUCGCGGUCACCUUCUGUGGGAUCUGCUGUAAGAAAUAUGUGGAAGCCAACAUCUCCCGGAAAUCCCGCACCACUGUCAAGUACACCAUGAAAACGCUGGCCAGCAGCUCCGAGACCGUCAUCUUCAUGUUCCUGGGCAUCUCCGCCGUGGACACCUCCAAGUGGGCGUGGGACACGGCGCUGGUGCUGGGCACCCUGCUCUUCAUCCUGCUCUUCCGGGCCGUGGGUGUCAUCCUCCAGACCUGGGUGCUCAACCGCUUCCGCCUCACGCCGCUGGACCGCAUCGACCAGGUGGUGAUGUCGUACGGGGGCCUGCGGGGGGCCGUCGCCUUUGCCCUGGUCAUCCUGCUGGACGGAGACAAAGUGCGAGCCAAGGACUACUUCGUGGCAACGACCAUCGUGGUGGUCUUCUUCACCGUCCUCGUGCAGGGUCUGACCAUCAAGCCGCUGGUGAAGUGGCUGAAGGUGAAGCGGAGCGACCAUCACAAGCCGACGCUGAACGAGGAACUGCACGAGCAUGCCUUUGACCACAUUCUGGCAGCGGUGGAGGAUGUGGUCGGUCACCAUGGUUACCGUUACUGGCGAGACAGAUGGGAGCAGUUCGACAAGAGGUACCUGAGCCAGCUCCUGAUGCGGAAAUCGGCCUAUCGGCUCAAAGACGAAAUCUGGGAUGUUUACUGCAAGCUGAAUAUCCGCGAUGCCAUCAGCUUUGUGGAUCAG